UCAAUGUUUACUUGUGCUCGAAUCCAAUGUUUUCACCGUCUUCUUCUACUACUCCACAAAAGUUCGAUGUCUUUCUGAGUUUCAGAGGCAAAGACACUCGCAGAAUCUUCAUCAGCUUUCUCUACAAAGAACUCAUUCGAAUGAGUAUUCGAACUUUCAAAGACGACGUUGAACUCAAGAGUGGCCGUCGUAUCUCUUCAGAUCUCCUUCUGGCCAUCGAGGGUUCCAAGAUCGCCGUCGUGGUUGUCUCCAAGAAAUAUCCUGCCUCUCCCUGGUGUCUCCAUGAGCUAGUCAAGAUCAUGGACGUCGAGAAACAAGGUUCGCUCACGGUCAUGCCCAUCUUCUACAACGUUGAGCCUUCUCAUGUAAGGAGACAGAUAGAAAAAGUGGCUGAACAGUUUACAAAACAUGAAGGGAGGGAGAAUCAUGAGACUGUUGUGUCAUGGAGGCAAGCUUUGACCAACUUGGCUAGUAUCUCUGGCCAGUGUUCUCGUGAUUGGGAAGACGACUCAAAGCUAGUCGAUGAGAUUAUUAAGAGAAUAUCCAACAUGUUGUUACUCUCUGCAACACCACCAAGUGACGGUAUCAACAACCAGCUUGGGAUCGAUGCACACAUGAAAGAGCUGUAUCCAUUGUUAGGUUUGAAUUCUAAUGAAGGUGUGAGACUGAUUGGAAUAUGGGCGAGAGGAAGCAGUGUAAGAUCAGCUCUAGCUAGAUUCGUCUACAAGAAAAUCCACAAGAAGUUCCAAAGCAAAUGCUUCCUAGAAAACGUUAAAGGUAUUCCACAGGAUUGUCAAAUGUCAAAUCUUAGAGACGAGUUUCUGAUAAGGAUCCAAGGAGGGUACACGACGAUGAAGACCUCUGGGUUGAUCAGAACGAGGCUCUCGAGCCAGAAAGUUCUACUUGUGGCUAACAAUGUGGAUAAACUGGAACAGUUAGAUGCUCUUGCAGAAGACUUUAACUGCUUUGGUCCUGGUAGUAUAGUUCUCAUAACUACACAUGAUAAACAGCUUCUUGUUGGGUUUGGGAUAAAGGUUGUGUAUGAAGUUGAGUGCUUGAGAUGCUUUGAAGUUCGUCAACUCUUUCGUCAGUCCGCUUUUAGAGAGAGAGACCUUUAUGUUGAUUCUGAGAUGUUUUCAACCUUAUCGGUGACUGAAUCUUCUGGUAACUCUGUUUAUGAUUCUUGAAUGGUUAGGUUUGUCUUAGAGUCACUUAAUAGAUGUGAGCUCUUUGCAUAUUAUACCCCUAUUAGAAUUAGGAGUUGCUUGUUACUUGUGUAUAGUUGCUAGUGUACAAAGAAGUAGAUAUUUACGGUUGAUCCAAUAGCAAAGCCACAGAAAGCUCAGUUGUUUUAGUCUUUGAGCUUCUCUGUCUUGGAAUAAGGAAUCAUUGGGCACUCUCUCUCCCUUCAUGCCUCACUGUAAUACUCUGUGUUUGUCUUAGUACUUUUGUGAAUACAUCAUAAGAUAGCCCAGCAUAUUAUGUAAAAAGGACCACAGAGUAAAAACUUGUAGUCCAAAGGAAUUGAGUGUUUGUGUACUUCACUUUGUGGUCGUCGCUACCUUAGAGCAUGUUUAAUGGGGUUCUUAGGGUGAGAUUCUUACCAGAA